ACUCAUGGUUGGGGUCAGAAGAUGACCCAUCCCGACUGGUCAGACUAAGUUUCGAAACUAUGAAAAAACCCCAUAAUUCUCUGCUAUUUUUACCAGCAACCAAAAUCACAGAUCCAAUCAGAUAAAACCCAGUAAGACCAAACCCACUCCUGUUCUUCCUCGUCAAAUCAAAUACAUCCUCCAACUCCCAAUCCCCACAAUUAUUUGACAGAAGCUAAAAAAAUGCCAACAUUCUUGCACCAAAGACCUCUCCACGGCACACUAUCUGAUCCCUACCCGCUAUCACCACGCCAAUCUUCCUCCUCCCAACGACAAAUUUCACUCUUCAGCCGCACAGGCCUAAUAGCCAUACUAUCCCUCCUCCUAAUUCUAGGCGUAAUCUUACCCUGGACAGGCACACCCUCAAUUUUCUCAGCAACAAAACCUGCCUCGCUUGCAAAAUGGCAACAAUACACACUACCCCAAGCGGUGGCGUUUGUUGCAAAAAACAAGACAGUGAUUGUUUGCGCAGUUAGCCAACCUUACUUGCCAUUUUUAAGUAAUUGGUUGAUCAGUAUUUCGAGACAAAAGCAUCAAGAUAAGGUUCUUGUUAUUGCUGAGGAUUAUGCUACUCUUUAUAAUGUCAAUGAGAGAUGGCCUGGUCAUGCUGUUCUUGUGCCUCCUGCUCCUGAUUCACAGUCUGCUCAUAAGUUUGGUUCUCAGGGAUUUUUCAAUUUUACAUCUAGGAGGCCUCGGCAUUUGCUGCACAUUUUGGAGCUUGGGUAUGAUGUGAUGUACAAUGAUGUGGAUAUGGUGUGGUUAGGAGAUCCUUUCCGGUAUUUGGAGGGAAACCAUGAUGUGUACUUCACCGAUGACAUGGCUGCGGUGAAGCCACUGGACCAUUCCCAUGAUUUACCACCACCAGGUAAAAAGGGGCGCACUUAUAUAUGUAGUUGCAUGAUUUUCAUGCGUCCCACUGAUGGAGCAAAGCUAGUUAUGAAGAAAUGGAUUGAGGAACUUAAAGCUCAGCCUUGGUCCAAAACAAGGAAAGCCAAUGAUCAGCCUGCUUUUAACUGGGCAUUGAAUAAAACAGCUGGACAGGUAUUGGAAAGGUGUGGACAGUGCUUUGACUAUUGAGGCUUACAUCUGGAGGAAAUUUCAAAUUUAUGAAGAACCAAGAAACUGAAAUGAGUUCAAAUUUGCAUGCAGAAGACAAAUAGUAUAUUUAUGCCACAUAGGUUUUCCAUGGGUUUUCUAAUGGUGCAUCAAUUACGUUUUGAUGCUUGCGUAUUCAUGAUAUGUCUGCAGGUGGAUCUGUAUCUUCUGCCCCAGGCAGCAUUCCCAACAGGAGGAUUAUACUUCAAGAAUCAGACAUGGGUGCAGGAAACUAAGGGAAAGCACGUCAUCAUUCACAACAAUUACAUCACAGGUUUUGAGAAGAAGAUAAAGCGUUUCCGUGAUUAUAGUCUCUGGUUGGUGGAUGAUCAUGCAAGUGAGUCCCCCCUUGGAAAAUUAUAAUGAAUCAAAAGACCCUUUGAGUUGUGCCUGCAUGGCUAAUCACACUCUUUCUUUGCCUCGGAUGAAAUGCAAGCUGCCAAUCGGGUGUUUCUGCCCAUCAGCUGUUGGCCAUGGAACCGUAUAAACAGUAUGGAGGAUCGGGAGCUUGAGUGUUUUUCUUUCUGUCAUUUAUUUCAUGUUAAUAGCUGAGCGCUAGCUUAAGGGUGGAUUACUUUUGAAAUGGCUCGGUUUAUAUUCUCUCUCGUAGAUGGAAUUCAUUUCACAUAGGAAGUGCAAAGUGCAAAUCGGGUGGAA